AAACCUUCUCUGGCUUCUGGAGGGACGGACCACCGUUUCCGCGGCUUUGGCUUCUGCGAUCUGCGUUCAGGCUAAACGGCCACAGCGGCGCCGCUGCCGCUCCCCUUGUGCCUGGUUCUGACCGUAUUUGUUACCCGGAGGCCGCCCCGGUUACAGCAGCGGCUGCGGCCGACAUGUUGUGAGGCGGCGGCGCGGGUGUCUCAAGGAUGGUUUGGCUGAGGCGGCAGCAGCGGCUGCUGGCGGCGGCAACAGCGCACGCCCCGCAGAGGAGACACGAAGGGGGUUCUCCAGUGCUCAGAUUUCCGGACCACCUAGCCUUCCCCUCUCCGACCUGGGCAGUGCUGUCCCCAGAAUCCUCAGCCCCCCGCCCCCAAAUUUGCUCCCAGCUUCGCCCUGAAUCUUUCACACACGCGGUUGUUCCACGCCCUCUCGAGCCAACCCCUCGCCCCUUAAUUUUCUGCACCCUCUUCUCAGAACGCCCCCCGGAUUGCUCUCCGAGAGCAGCCUUUUGAAAAAUCUUCGUGGAGCAGUGGACCAGAACUGGGGGAGUUUUCAAAGUCGGGCGCGAGAGAUAGGAAGGUACGAUGGCUUCCUCAUCUGGAAACGAUGAUGAUCUCACUAUACCCAGAGCUGCUAUCAAUAAGAUGAUUAAAGAGACCCUCCCCAAUGUCCGGGUGGCCAACGAUGCCCGGGAGCUGGUGGUGAACUGCUGCACUGAAUUCAUUCACCUUAUAUCUUCUGAAGCCAAUGAGAUUUGCAAUAAAUCGGAAAAGAAGACCAUCUCGCCAGAGCACGUCAUACAAGCACUAGAAAGUUUAGGCUUUGGCUCUUAUAUCAGUGAAGUAAAAGAAGUCUUACAAGAAUGCAAGACAGUAGCAUUAAAAAGAAGAAAGGCCAGUUCUCGUUUGGAAAACCUUGGCAUUCCUGAAGAAGAAUUAUUGAGACAGCAACAGGAAUUAUUUGCAAAAGCUAGACAGCAACAAGCAGAAUUAGCCCAACAGGAAUGGCUUCAAAUGCAGCAAGCUGCCCAACAAGCACAGCUUGCUGCUGCUUCAGCAAGUGCAUCCAACCAGGCAGGAUCUUCUCAGGAUGAAGAAGAUGAUGAUGAUAUCUGAAAUUCACCAGCUGAGUUUUUAUUUCCUCUAUAAAUGUUUUUCCCUGCACAAGAAAACAGUGAAAGAAAUGCUUAUCUGUAAUUUUGUAUGCAUCUUGGUGGACUUGCCAUUGGUAUUCUAGGGAUGUCUGCCGUUAAGUUUCAUCUAUUGUGUGCUAUUCAUGUAAAAACUGUCUCUUCUAACUAUUGAAAAUUUAAGGCUCAGUAUAAUAUCAAUUUUGAAUUUUUAAUGGUGUUUAUGAAAUUUUAGAUAGCAGUGAGUCCUUUAUUUCAUCAGUAAACAGUGUUACAGAAAACUUCAAGUUUAUAAAAAUACAGUGAAAUUUAUACAGAAGCUCUAAAUCUUCAUUUGCAUUUCCUCUGCCCUUUUAACUAAACUAAAAAUUGGGAAUUUUAAAUUAUUGGGGGGGAGGUGCUAUGUGAUGCAGUAGAUAUUAGAUCAGGCUGGUGAAAAAACAAAGAGUUCAGUUCUGUAGUAUUUGGAUUUUUUGUCUUUUAAAAUGAGUAUAUAUACAGGCACUAAAUAUAUAUGCUCAGAU